GGCGGAUGAUUCGUCCGUGCUCCUGCCUGCUGUUCCUGCUGCUAAAACCUGCCUCUGGUCGACGACUGUAGCCUUUGAAUGGCCCACGAAGCAAACAACUGCGCGUUUUCUGCACAUUUUAACAUCGGGACUCUUCGGGCACCGAGCAGGCCUCUUCCUGUUUCAUUAUUUACAGAAAAGACCCGAGACUCUCCCGUUGGAUGAUACUGUUGUGCACGGAAUCCGAGCGCUUUUCGCAGGCCGUUGCUUUGUAAGCAACACGGAGCGCCAAGAUGAAGAAGAAAGCUCGGCAGCACCGGGUGGCGGUGCCUCAGAGGUCGCCCUCUCCCAUCAAGCCUUCCCCCAACAAGCAGAUCCUGACCUACGCCCAGGCGCAGCGCAUGGUCGAGUUCGAGCUGGACGGCCACAUCCACCGGCUCAGCAUCUACGACAAGCUGGACGUCGUCUCGGACGCCGACCCGUCGGUUCGGGAGAUGAUGGAGAGCAAAAGCAACAAGGAGAACGCCGAGAAGCCUCAGCUGCAGGUGCGGCAGCGGUCGGCCAGGCUGAAAAACAACCAGGAGAGGAGGAACGCAGCGCUGGGCGUCAGCAGUCACGGACAAGGAGGCGGGCAUCACGCCAGCACCCACGUUGUCCCGAAGCUUCCAGAGCCGAAAUUUCGCAACGUUGAAUACAACCUGCCGGCAGUUCCAAAGCGCCCGGCUGCCUUUUUUAAAUUCAUCGAGAAGACCGAGGAGGAGCUAGACGAGGAGACGGAAUACGACAUGGAUGAGGAAGACUACGCCUGGUUGGAUUUAGUAAACGACAGACGUAGAAGUGAGGGGAUGAGUCAGGUGUCUCACAACGUCUUCGAGUUCCUCAUCGACCGCUUCGAAAAGGAGCUGCACCUGGAGAGUCUGGACCAGGCGAGUGAAACUCAGGCUCCYAUCGACGAGGACGCCGUUUGCUGCAUCUGCACGGGCGGAGACUGCCACCGAAGCAACACCAUCCUGUUCUGCGACGUCUGCAGCGUCGCCGUGCAUCAGGAGUGCUACGGCGUGCCCUACGCCCCGGAGGGCCAGUGGCUCUGCAGACACUGCCUCCAGGCGCCGAGCCAGCCGGCCGACUGCGUCCUCUGUCCCAACAGGGGCGGGGCGGUGAAGAAGACCGACGACGAGCGCUGGGGCCACGUGGUGUGCGCCCUCUGGGUCCCGGAGGUCGGCUUCUCCAACGCCACCUUCAUCGAGCCCAUCGACGGCGUCAGCCAGAUCCCCCCGGCCCGCUGGAAGCUCACCUGCUACAUCUGCARGGAGAAGGGCGUGGGAGCGUGCAUCCAGUGCCACAAAGCCAACUGUUACACCGCCUUCCACGUCAGCUGCGCCCAAAAGGCCGGCCUCUUCAUGAAGAUGGAGCCCAUCAACGAGGUGACGGACACGGGCGAGCCCACCCUCUCUGUGAAAAAGACGGCCUACUGUGGAGCWCACACGCCCAACGGGUGCGUGAGGAGACCGUUCCCCAUCUACGACGAGCCCAAACCAAAGAACGGACUUUGUAAGAGGGCGGAUAAAGAAGGCGGGGAGGAUAAAGGGCGGGCGAAAGGGAAGCCGAAAAAGAAAAGUAAAAACAAAAAACYGGAACCAGAGGAUGAAAGUGAAGCUGCGGUUCCUGCUGCUGUUCCUUCUUUUCCUGCUCACAGGUUACAAACCAUUUUGAACCAGGUGUCCAUACAGAAGAAGAAAGCCUUCGUGGAGCUGGUCCUCAAUUACUGGACGUUGAAAAGGCAGUCGAGGAACGGCGUGCCUCUCAUCAGACGCCUACAGACAAGCCUGCAGGCGCAGAAGAACACACAGCCUAGGCAGAAAGAGGAGGAAAGCAGGACUUUAAAGGAGCAGCUGAAGGAGUGGCACCGCCUCCGACACGACCUGGAGCGAGCUCGACUUCUGCUGGAACUCAUUCGCAAGCGAGAGAAGCUAAAGAGGGAGGAGAUUAAACUGCAGGAGACCCUCAUGGAGAUGCAGUUGACUCCAUUUAGUAUUUUGCUCCGAGUUCUCCUGGACCAGCUCCAGGCCAAAGACCAGGCCCGGAUCUUCACCCAGCCGGUCGACGUGAGCGAGGUGCCGGACUACCUGGACCACAUCAAACGCCCGAUGGACUUCUCCACCAUGCGGCAGCGCAUCGACGCCCAGGGCUACAACAACUUUGACCAGUUCGAGGCCGACUUCAACCUGAUUAUCGAGAACUGCUUGAAGUACAACUCGAAGGACACCUAUUUUUACCGCGCUGCCAUUCGCCUCAGGGACCAGGGCGGAGUCCUGCUCAGAAAGGCCCGACGAGACGCCGAGAAGAUCGGCUUCGACACGGAGAGCGGCACGCACUUGCCAGAAGCUCCUGAGAUGAAAGCAGCAGCAUCGUUUUCGUGGGAAGACGUGGACCGCUUACUCAAACCGGCCAAUCGGGAGCAUCUUCCUCUGGACUUGCAGCUGCAGCAGCUCCUGGAGAAGUUCGACCUGACCUGCUCCAUGAAGUCCAGUCCCUCCCGCAGCAAACGCAUCAAGCUGCUGAAGAAGACCAUCAAYGACGUGCGAAGCGAAAUAAGCCUUAAGAAACUGCUGCCCUCUACCUUUCACUGUUCUACCUCUGCAUCAACACCAGCUUCAUCUUCAUCAUCUUCAUCGGAUUUCUCUGUGCCGGAGACGGAGCAACCCAACGAAGAGAGACUSAAGGCCAAGGGACAUUUUCCAGAUGAUGAAGGAGACAAGUCKCUUCCUCCUAAACUGGAGCCGUCAGACGCCCUGCCCCCACUGAUCCGCUCGGACUCGGACUCCGAGCCCCCCACCCUCAAACCCAUCGACGCCCCCCUGAACUGCGAAACCCAAAGCACGAGAUUAAAGUUGGACGGCGAAAUCCCCGAGCUGGUCUCGUCGGCGCCGCGCCUCAACGGCCACGUCCUCCAGAGCGCCGUGUCGGACAGAGACGCGGGGGCAGUGUCCACGUCCGCGCCGGCCGACCCCGCCCUCAACCGCCGCGCCGCCGUCCUCUUCUGCAAGUCGAAGGUCGGCGGGRACGGCGAGGAGUCGGACGGGGUCAACGGGAAGCCGGGCGGGGACGGAGGAGACGACGACGAAGACGGCGCRCAGCUGGGCUCCAAGUCCAUCCUGUCGGUGGUCAUCCCCCGGCUGGAGACCCUGCUGCACAAGAAGAGGAAGCACAGCGAUGGCAGGGAGGAGGAGGGAGGAGAGGCGGAGCUUGAGGAGGAGGGAGAGUCUCCUGUGAAACGACUCGACACAGGACUGUCCAGAGGCUUCCUGGACAUGGGGGAGGAGAAGGAGCUGGAGCGAAGCAGCAGAACCAGUCGACCCGUGGAGCCACGCAGACGCUGCGCCUCCGAGUCCUCCAUAUCUUCAUGUAGCAGUUUACCAGGAAGCACCAGCACAAUUCUCAGUCUUCCAAAAUGUGGAAAGGGGAAACCCGCGUUGGUCCGGAGAAACACUGUGGAYGAUAAGAGCGAGCUCAUCGCCUGCAUCGAAUCGGGGAACUUUGCUAAAGCUGCACGAAUCGCUGCAGAGGUUGGCAACAGCAACAUUUGGAUGCCAGCUAGUGCUGCUACAGUUACGCUGGAACCUCUAAAGCUAGUUUGGGCCAAAUGUAGCGGAUACCCCUCCUACCCUGCCUUGAUCAUAGACCCCCACAUGCCGCGCGUCGGCUGCCAGCACAACGGGGUGUCCAUCCCCACCCCCCCCAUGGACGUGCUCCGCAUCGGAGAGCAGAUGCAGUACAAGACCGGAGAGAAGCUCUUCCUCGUCCUGUUCUUCGACAACAAGCGCAGCUGGCAGUGGCUUCCUAGAUCCAAAAUGGUUCCCCUGGGGAUGGACAAAACCAUCGACAAGAUCAAAAUGAUGGAAGGCCGCUCCUCCAGCAUCCGCAAGGCCGUCCAGAUCGCCUUCAGCCGCGCCAUGAACCACCUGAGCAUCGUGCAGGACGAGCCAGUCAGCGACCUGAGCGACGUGGACUGACGGCAGGGGGGCGGGGCCAGCUCCAGAUCCAUUCCCCUCCUCGAACCAAAAAAAAAAAAAAAAAAAAACCCUCCUCUCCUCUGCAGAAGACUGAAAUGUUUACCGGGCAUCUGCUGUACCAGGUGCUCUCAGCUAUGAAUGUGUUUCUAUUCACUCCACCUCCAGGCGUGUAGCUGUGCAAAAAGAGGCCUAUUUUAAUUUUUUUUUCACCACCUUUACUCCAAACAUUUCAAAAUAAGAGCGACUGAUUUCAUUUCUGGAGUGUCAGGAUAGCAACUAUUAUAUAAGCUGAAAAAUGACUCAGAUUUUUAUUUUGAAUUAUUACAUUUCAUAUAAGUUGCCUUUUUUUUUAAAAACAAAUUCCAUUUUAUUGUAUUUAAACUGUAAAUAAUCUGUACAGUUGCCUGACAGUAACUUAUGUUAAGACAGACACGGCUACUGUACAGUUUUUUUUUUAAGUAUUUAUCCUCUUUUUGCCACUAAACCAUGAGUUUUGUUGCUUGAUUUAAAAGAAUAAAAAGAAUCACGUGGAAAUUAGAUGCCAUGUUAGAAAAAAAGAAAAGUAUUUAAGUUAUUGAGGUUUAUAAAGUAAACUUCCAUUUGACAUCAUUUCUUUGGAAUAAAAAGAAGUAGUUUGGGUCUGUUUUUGUUCUACUGUAUUUAUAUGAUUUGCGUGCUCGGUCUUUGUGUCUCUGAAGCUCAUACUGAACGUCUGAUGUGAACACAGAAGGAUUUGUUCUCAGAAAAACCAAAAAUGUUGCUACCCAGAACUUUUUUUCUGGUUGAUUUUUUUAUUAUUUCUUUCUGUGGUAAGUGAGAAAGUUGUUGCCAAAAAAAAA